CAGAGCGGCUGGGGCGGCGGCGCGGCUCCCGGUGCUGCCCCCGGCGCGCGCCCCGAGCCGGUGAGGGGCCGGCGGCCCGGAGGCCCCCGGAGCCAUGGGCUGCAUCGGCUCGCGAACUGUGGGGAACGAGGUGAUUGCAGUGGACUGGAAGGGCCUGAAGGAUGUGGAUCAAAUCAACAUGGACAGCACCAGCUCACUACAUGGGAGCAGCCUCCAUCGGCCUUCUACGGAGCAAACACGAACUGAUUUCUCCUGGGAUGGCAUCAAUCUUUCUAUGGAAGACACCACGUCCAUCCUUCCGAAGCUUAAGCGAAACUCUAACGCCUACGGCAUUGGGGCCCUGGCCAAGUCAUCAUUCUCAGGGAUCUCAAGAAGCAUGAAGGACCAUGUGACAAAGCCCACUGCCAUGGGUCAAGGACGAGUGGCCCACAUGAUUGAGUGGCAGGGCUGGGGGAAGACUCCAACCAUUCAGCCACAACACAGCCAUGAGGCGGUGCGCAGGGAUACAGAUGCCUAUUCUGACCUCAGUGAUGGCGAGAAGGAGGCGCGUUUCCUAGCAGGUGUCAUGGAACAGUUUGCUAUUUCUGAGGCCACUCUUAUGGCCUGGUCGUCCAUGGAUGGUGAGGACAUGAGUGUCAACUCUGCCCAGGAGCCACUGGGCUGCAACUACAGUGAUAACUACCAGGAGUUGAUGGAGAGUCAGGAUGCCCUUGCCCAAGCCCCCAUGGAUGGAUGGCCUCACUCCUAUGUGUCCCAGGGCAUGUACUGUCUGGGGUCAUCAGAUGCCUGGGAAGCAAGUGACCAGUCCCUCAUUGCCUCUCCGGCCACAGGAUCCUAUCUUGGCCCUGCAUUUGAUGACUCACAGCCCAGUCUGCAUGACAUGGGGCCUCCCCAGCCUGCUUCAGGGUACUCUGCUCAGGAGCCUCCGGCUUUGCUGGGAGGAGACACUGACUGGGCACCAGGGGGCAGUGGGGUGGACCUGGCCAGAGGCCCUGCUGAGGACGAGAAGAGGCGGCUGGCUCCUGAGGAGGAAGAGGAUGCUGGAUGCCGGGACCUAGAGUCACUUUCCCCACGAGAAGAUCCUGAGGCGUCCACUGCUCUCAGCCGGAAGGUGUCUGAUGUCACAUCCUCAGGUGUGCAGUCCUUUGAUGAGGAGGAGGGCGAGGCCAACAACUAGCUUCCUCACUCCCCACGCCUACCCGAGGGGCAUGGCUGCAGCCCAUACCCUCCCUUGCCCCAUAGCACAGCUGAGCCGGGCAGAAGACAGCGGGGAACCUGGGAGUUUCCAGCCCUUGCCCGCCAAGUGGAGGACCAGAAAGGGGUUUUAUCUAGACAUAUCUAGAAACCACAGGUCCGGAACUGAGACCUGGCCGCUGAAUGGCUAUGAACCUGGUGAGGCUGUGGGAGAAGAGCUACAGAAGUGGACCUCUGGGUCUGUGCCCACGUGCAUUGUGGGUACAGCAGUGCAGAGCGACCGUGCUGGAGACUGGAUCUCAGUUCUUCACUCCCUGAUUUCGUCUUCCAGGAGCCUUGGCUGUGCUGUUUGAAUGCCUCCUUUCUCCAUUUCACUCUUGCUUUUCCUGACUCUGUUUUCUCUGGCUGUGGGGAGCAGACCUCAGGGGCUACUGGAUGUGGCUCAAGGGGCACAGCGGAGUGGCCUGAAGGGCACAUCUGUGUCCGGGUGGAUGGACAGUCUGCCCUCUAUGGGGAAUUUGGCUCCUGAUCUCAGGAGGUGGGCCUGGCAGCUGGGUGCACAAGCAUGAGUCUUUAUCUCAAGGUCUGCCCAAAGACAAGAAGGUCACUGAUGAGACCAAGAACAAACAUGGCUGCUUGUUCUGGGCUCUUGAAUGUCCUGUGGCUAAAAGGAGGAUCCUAAGGAUGGGAGAAAGCACUCACCUGGGGCUGGCUGCUCCAGCGCUGGCUCCCCUUCCUCCCUUCUUCCAUCCCUUGUUCCGGGAGCCCAGCCCUGAGGGGAGUGAGGGGACACCAGUCUCAGAUACACUGACCCGGGAGGGAGGCAGUGUCCCUGCCUGUUGGGGGAGCAUGAGGGCUGGGUCUCCCCCUACCCAACCCUAAUUCUCUGGAGCUGUUUACACUUUUCUCUUUGCCUUUUCUACAUUUUUAUAACUUCUUGGGGACUCAGGUUUGAGCCAGGUGGAGGGAGGAGUCUGGUGCUGUCAUUGCCCUGGCUGGGCUGGGCUGGUGGCUACAGGCCAGGGUUGGCACUGGCUUCUACUGCCCCUUCAUCAGCUCUUCCCAGGACUCCCAAGGAGGCCUCCCAGGAGUCCUGCCUCUGUCCCCAGGCCACCUGCUGGAGGAAGAGGGGGGAACCAGUGCGUUCUUCCUGGAUGGGUUUGCCAGGAGGCUUCUCCACGCACACCAAUUCCACUCGGGUUUGGAGUGGACCGUGGACACGCAGAGCAGCAAGUGAAGGCAGCACACCUAUGAGGGGCAGGAGAGGGGGACUGGAACAAAGCUGGGGAGCAUCUCACCCCUGCCACUCCAGAGGCACCAGCCCCUGGCACAGGUGGAGUUUGAGUUCCCCCCUUCCUUGUGCUCCUUUAAGCUCCUGCUCCAAGGGUCAGAGUCCUCCUGUGCUCUGUCAGGGGUCCUACUACUUGGUCCUCUGCCAGCGUGGGAGCACUGUUGUCCUCCCCCGGACCCUGGGUGCAACCCCACCCCCCAGCUUUGGAAUGAGGUUGAGAGUUGGGGUGCUUCUGUUCAUUUGUGACCCUGCCCCUCAUCAAGUUCGUACUCCCCUAUGCACAGGCACUCAUGAGGUGCCACAGGGCAGGCAUCUGGUUCUGGGGGAGGGGAGGCUGGCAACGCUGGGACUGGCUCUUGUAGGACAUAGGAGUAGGCAUGGCAAGCCAAGGGAGGUGAACAGUCCCUGACUUCACCUAGCGCUGCCUGGACGGGAGAAGAUACCGCCGGGGUUUGUUCACCUGUUAUUACUCAGCAUACCAAGACCUUACUUCCAGGAGGUCUGGGAAGGGCCCGUGUGCCCACCUGGCAGCUGUCCCUGGCUCCAGACUCCUGCCCCAGGCCCCUGGCAUUUUGCAUGCUUACUCUGCCUUCCUGCCACUGGCUCCGUUUCCUCGCCUUGCCCAGCCCGCUCUACCAACACCAUCACCUUCUCCCUUUUUUCUCAACCCCCCAGUGCCCCCAGUUCUUCCCCUAGAUCCCACUGGACUGCAAUCCAGGGAGUAGGUUUCAUUCAUUACAGUUCCUUUUUGCUCAGGGCCCUGGGGAGUGGGGAAAGGUAGACUAAAACAGCUUUCUUUCCUUCCUCCCUCCCUUUCCCAAGAAAGCCAAAUGGUCCCUGAUGAGAGGUGGCUAAAGAUCAGAAGGCACCUAGUCGGGGUCACGCAGGAGCAGAGACUUGGUGUGGCAAAGGUGCUGGCACAUCCCUGCGGGCAGAGUCAGGGCUGUCUGCCUUUAGCCAGGAGCCCUGCCCCACUGAAGAGGAAGACGGCGGUGCUGGUGGGCAGCUGUGUGCUCUGGCAGAGGGACUGCCUCUGGUUCUGGGGCAGGGUGCAUGGGGCUUGCUUUUAGCCUAUUUUGGGGGGUGGGGGGUGGGGGGGCAUGUGCAGGAGGAAGCUGUGGGGGGGAAGGGUUGCUUUUCUUUUGGGGUGAAAGGCUGUGCAGCACGUUUUACAGCAGCUCUGGAGCAGGGCUGUUUUAUAUUCUUGUGAAUGAAACUGCUCUUGCUAAAUGAUGGGGGGUGCACUUUCAUUUUCAAUUGACUUUAUUAAAUGAAAAUCCAAACCUUCCAUUCCUCCCUUUCUAUUGACUCUCGACCACCCCCACCUUCCUUAUCCUUGUCUUGAGGAGAGGAUCUUGGGGAGUGAGUUUGCCAUUGUCUCUGCCCCCACCUAUACACCCCACAUCCCCUCUUCCAGGUCUGAGGAAUGGCCCAUAUUUAUGGCCAGUCUUCGCAUGUUUUCCUAAUGUGAUAUCCCCCACCCAGGCCCAAGAGAGAUUCUAUGACAUAUAUUACAGAGAGAAUUGUAUAUAAAUAUAUAUAAAUCCUAUAGAUUAUAUACACAUGGGCAUGGGCUUGAUGCCCACUGUCAACCUCCUUCCCCAGGCCUCAGCAUCUGUCUCUCUUGGCCUGGGGAGGUGGAAGAGAUGUGAUGCUGGGGAGGGCCAGAGGCUAUGUUCAGUGACACUAAACAGAAUGUGGUGGCA